AUCCAUUUUUAUCGAUAAGGCAUUGGCCCCGAAAUAUUUUCGAGAGCUUCGGUGACUUGACUAUUGCAACAACCUCUAUUACGCUGCGGACCUGUAUAUUCAGGUACGCACUUACAGAUACACGAUGGCGCCUCAAAGGACAAGGACGAUCAAGAACAAGCAUGCUACGAACAAAUCCGGAAUCAGCUCAAGCAAGUCAUCCCAAGCUGGCUCUUCAGAUGGUGUCUCCAAGUCGAAAAAGAAGCCCACAGGGGGCCCAUUGGGGAAGCAGAUGAAGGGGCGAACAAUGGCCGACCUAUUGAAAAAGAAAAAGAAGAAGGUUUAUACAGACAAAGAACUGGGGAUUCCACAAUUAAAUAUGAUCACGCCUGUCGGUGUCACCAAGCCGAAAGGCCAGAAGAAGGGCAAGGUUUUCGUCGAUGACAAGGAGAGCAUGAGCACGAUCCUCGCCAUGGUGCAGGCGGAGAAAGAAGGCCAGAUUGAGUCCAAGAUGAUCAAAGCGCGACAGAUGGAGGAGAUCCGCGAGGCACGCCGUGUCGAAGCUGAAAAGAAGGAGGCAGAUAAGAAGGCUAGGUUCGACGAGACGAAAGAAUCGCUGCGCAGGAAGAGGAAACGCAACAGGACAUCUGGCGAUGAUGAUGAUCGAGACGGUAUUUCGGCUGCUGUGUCCGCAGGUACCAACGUCAAGUCUAAGAAGAGAGUGGCUUUCGCAUAAUCUCUUUGUAUUCUGGCAUUCGAAUGGAGUUGAAGGUGUUUGUUUUUUCUUGUUUUUUUGCAUUUGUACCUUGAGUGGAUGGGAAUAGGCGAGAUAUAGGGCUGUUGCUUCACGAUAUCGUAUGAUACCCGACAAAAGGUCGUUGAUUCACUUGUUGUGCUCACCCUGUAUGGGAUCUGAGGGUAUUCUAUGCGCUCAUAUAUAUUGUAUAACCAUGUAGGUACAUACCAUGUAUAUGACACCUAAAUGUACGUGUCAAACAGCUCAGUAUUGUUUAUUGUUCUACAAAAUACGCAUACAUAUUAUCAUCAUAUGAUACUUAAGCU